AUGGGGAGACUGAAACAUCGAGGCGAAUGUGGAAGCCUCCAGCCUCACCUCGUCUCAAGUCUCCUGCCUCCAUCCUCCAGCCUCGCCUCAUCUCAAGUCUCCUGCCUCCAGCCUCCAGCCUCGCCUCGCAUCAAGUCUCUUGCCUCCAGCCUCCAACCUCGCCUCGCCUCAAGUCUCCUGCCUCCAGUCUCCUGCAGCCUCCAGCCUUGCCUCGCCUCGCCUCGAGCCUCCAGCCUCCAGCCUCACCUCACCUCCAGUCUCCUGCCUCCAGCCUCCAGCCUCGCCUUGCCACAAGUCUCCUGCCUCCAGCCUCCAGUCUCGCCUCACCUCACCUCAAGCCUCCAGCCUCGACUCAUCUCCUGCCUCCAGCCUCCACCCUCGUCUCGCCUGCAGUCUCCUGCCUCCAGCCUCCAGCCUCCAGCCUUGCCUCGCCUCCAGUCUCCUGCCUCCAGCCUCCAGCCUCACCUCACCUCAAGCCUCCAGCCUCGCCUCACCUCAAGUCUCCUGACUCCAGCUUCCAGCCUCGCCUCGCCUCCAGCCUCCAGCCUCCAGCCUCACCUCGCCUCGUCUCCUGCCUCCAGCCUCGCCUCACCUCGUCUCCUGCCUCCAGCCUCCAGCCUCGCCUCACCUCGUCUCCUGUCUCCAGCCUCCAGACUCGCCUCGCCUCACCUCAAGUCUCCUGCCUCCAACCUCGCCUCGCCUCGCAUCAAGUCUCCUGCCUCCAGCCUUGCCUCACUUCAUGUCUCCUGCCUCCAGCCUCCAGCCUCGCCUCAAGUCUCCUGCAGCCUUCAGCCUCCAGCCUCGCCUCGCCUCAAAUCUCCUGCCUCCAGCCUCCAGCCUCACCUCGCCUCGCCUCAUCUCCUGCAGCCUCCAGCCUCCAGCCUCGCCUCGCCUCAAAUCUCCUGCCUCCAGCCUCCAGCCUCACCUCGCCUCGCCUCAUCUCCUGCAGCCUCCAGCCUCCAGCCUCGCCUCGCCUCGCCUCAUCUCCUGCAGCCUCCAUCCUCCAGCCUCGCCUCGCCUCAAGUCUCUAAGACUCCAUUCUCCAGCCUCGCCUCACCUCCAGCAUCCAGCCUCCAGCAUCGCCUCGCCUCGCCUCAAGCCUCCAGCCUCGCCUCGCCUCGCAUCAAGUCUCCUGCCUCCAGCAUCGCCUCGCCUCGUCUCCUGCCUCCAGCCUCCAGCAUCGCCUCGCCUCGUCUCCUGCCUCCAGCCUCCAGCAUCGCCUCGCCUCGUCUCCUGCCUCCAGCCUCCAGCAUCGCCUCGCCUCGUCUCCUGCCUCCAGCCUCCAGCAUCGCCUCGCCUCGCCUCAAGUCUCCUGCCUCCAGCCUCCAGCCUCGCCUCACAUCAAUCCUCCAGCCUCCAGCCUCGCCUCACAUCAAGUCUCCUGCCUCCAGCCUCCAGCCUCGCCUCGUCUCCUGCCUCCAGCCUCCAGCAUCGCCUCGCCUCGCCUCAAGUCUCCUGCCUCCAGCCUCCAGCCUCGCCUCGCCUCAAGUCUCCUGCCUCCAGCCUCCAGCCUCACCUCUUCUCGCCUCGUCUCCUGCAGCCUCCUGCCUCCCGCCUCCAGCCUCGCCUCGCUUCAAGUCUCUAAGACUCCAGCCUCCAGCGUCGCCUCGCAUCAAGCCUCCUGCCUCCAGCCUCGCCUCGCAUCGUCUCCUGCUUCCAGCCUCCUGCCUCGCCUCACAUCAAGUCUCCUGCCUCCAGCCUCCAGCCUCGCCUCACAUCAAGUCUCCUGCCUCCAGCCUCCAGCUUUGCCUCAAGCCUCAUGCCUCCAGCCUCCAGCCUCCAGCCUCACCUCACAUCAAGUCUCCUGCCUCCAGCCUCCAGCUUUGCCUCAAGCCUCAUGCCUCCUGACUCCAACCUCCAGCCUCACCUCACAUCAAGUCUCCUGCCUCCAGCCUCCAGCCUCACCUCACAUCAAGUCUCCUGCCUCCAGCCUCCAGCCUCGCCUCACAUCAAGUCUCCUGCCUCCAGCCUCCAGCUUUGCCUCAAACCUCAUGCCUCCAGCCUCCAUCCUCGCCUCGCCUGAAGGCUGCUGCCUCCAGCCUCCAGCCUCGUCUUGCCUCAUGUCUCCUGACUCCAGCCUCCAGCCUCCGCCCUCGCCUCGCCUCAAAUCUCCUGCCUCCAGCCUCCAUCCUCGCCUUGCCUCAAGUCUCCUGCCUCCAGCCUCGCCUCACCUCGCCUCAAGUCUCCUGCCUCCAGCCUCCACCCUCGCCUCACCUCGUCUCCUGCCUCCAGCCUCCAGCCUCGCCUCGCAUCAAAUCUCCUGCCUCCAGCCCCGCCUCACUUCGUCUCCUGCCUCCAGCCUCGCCUCGCCUCAAGUCUCCUGCCUCCAGCCUCGCCUCGCCUCAAGUCUCCUGCCUCCAGCCUCCAGCCUCGCCUUGCCUCAAGAAUCCUGCCUCCAGCCUCGCCUCGCCUCGCCUCAAGUCUCCUGCCUCCAGCCUCCAGCCUUGCCUCACAUCAAGUCUCCUGCCUCCAGCCUCCAGCCUCGCCUCGCAUCAAAUCUCCUGCCUCCAGCCUCCAGCCUCGCCUCACUUCGUCUCCAGCCUCCAGCCUCGCCUCGCCUCAAGUCUCCUGCCUCCAGCCUCCAGCCUCGCCUCGCCUCAAGACUCCAGCCUCCUGCCUAGCCUGAAGCCUGAAGACUCCAGCCUCUAGCCUCUUGCCAAGCCAGGACAAGUGUCUAGCCUCUAGCUUCUUGCCAAGACAUGUCUCUACCCUCUACCCUCUUGCCAAGCCAAGCCAUGUCUCUAUCCUCUAGCCUAUUGCCAAUCCAAGCCAAGUCUCUAGCCUCAAGCCUCAAGCCUCAAGCCUCCUGCCUCCUGCCAAGCCUCGUCCUUGCCUAGUUCUGGGGUCCGAGCCAGAGGCAAGACCCAGGUACUGGGUCCUUGUCCAGUCUCUGGCUUGGAGUCUAUCCUGCCUCCUGCCUAGCCUGAAGCCUGAAGACUCCAGCCUCUGGCGUCUAGCCUCUUGCCAAGCCAAGCCAAGUGUCUGGCCUCUAGCCUCUUGCCAAGCCAGGCCAAGUCUCUACUGUGACAACAGACCAAAUUAUUAGAAGAUUGAUGCCGAUAAGAGGACAAUGGGGGAACAUUCAAAAUGCUAAUAUGAGAGAGAUGACAGAGAUUACCGAAAGGAGACACAAUUCCGAGUAUUGUCAGAGACCGGUUGCUUUGAACCCGAACUGUGUGAAGUUUGAUGGACAGGCGAUACCCCAGCAGGGGGAUAAAAGGAACAGGUUCGCUAAGGCACGACACACACCACGAGGUAACGAGAACCUGGAAGCGGUGUGCCCCCAACAAGUUGGUGGGAGUUUUGGAGGUCUGGUCGCGGGACCAGCCAUAGACGCACAGGGUGGAAAGAUAUGGUCGGGCGGGAACCUGCUGUGUGUGUGUCCGCCCUAGCCUGGGUGCCGGGUUCACUGCAGAGGAACGAUCGUAUCUGGAAUGGAGGGGUCACAGUCAGUGACCUCAGAAGACAUUACAAAGGGCUCGCCUGAAAGCUAACUGCAAGGAAUAUCGAAGAGACCGUUGUGCGUGAAAAUCCCAGGAGAUCAGCGGUUUCUGAGAUUACUCGAAC